UAUGAGACUAUAUAUAAUACUAAGUCUUUACUUCUUAUUAACAAAAGAGCAAAUGACUUAUGAAGAAUGUAAGAGAGAUUGCACUAUGGAUUGGUUAGAUUGUGUGAGUGGAUGUGAUAGUAUAGGAAAUCCUUCAUUUUGCCAUAAAAAUUGUCAAAAGUAUAAAAUAAAAAAUUAUUCAGUGUAGUCCAUUCAUGCUUAGAUGAAUGUCCAAAAAUUAUUUGUAUAGAUGAUUGUAGAAUCAAUUUAGAAUAAUGUAGGAAAAAUGGCAAAGGAGUUUGUGAAAUAUUAUUCAACCAUUGUGAACUGAAUUGUUAAGACACAUAUAAUUAAAAGGAAGACAUAUGA